UUUGGAAACGCGCGCUCACGGCAUAUCCACUCCGCACACACCUGUCUGCAUGCUCUUUGAAAUGAACUGUUGGCUGCGGUCGGUGGCUUCUCGCGGUGACGAUACACACUGGUCACAGAGACGCAGGUGUGGACAGUUUGUCUGAUCAUGAAGGACCGGACUCAUGAACUUAGACAUGGAAAAGACCUUGAAGAGGAGGAUGAGGUGGUUGCAGACAUGAGGAAGGGAUUCAUGGAUGACUUCUUUGAGCAGGUGGAGCAGAUCCGAGGCUUCAUCAGCUCUCUGUCUGAGAAGGUGGAGGAGGUGAAGAGGAACCACAGUGCUAUCCUCACCACAGCCCACCCUGAUGAGAGUAAGACCCAACUAAUCAAUCACUGAUCAACCCUGAUGAGAGAAGUGCUGUCGCGAUUGAUUGGUAUUCAGCAAACUAUUGAGCUGGAAAGGUCGAACAUGUCAGCAGACCUGAGGAUUCGCAAAACCCAGGAAACCACUCUGUCCCGUAGGUUUGUGGAGGUGAUGUCUGAGUACAAUGCCACACAGUCCGACUACUGUGAGCGCUGCAAGCACCACAUCCAGCGACAACUGGAGAUCACUGGUAGGAACACAACAAAUGACGAGCUGGAGAUCAUGUUGGAGAGCGACAACCCUGCCAUAUUCACAACAGGGAUCAUCAUGGACUCCAAUGUCACACAGCAGGCUGUGGAUGAGAUUGAGACUCGACACACAGAGAUCAUCAAGCUGGAGAACUGCAUCAGAGAACUACACGACAUGUUUAUGGACAUGGCCAUGUUAGUAGAAAGCCAGGGGGAGCUGGUGAACAACAUAGAGAAGAACGUGUGCAGUGCUCAGGAGUACGUGGAGAAGGCUAAGGAGGACACCAAGCAGGCAGUGCUCAUACGGAAGGGCGGACGCAGGAAGCUGCUGCUCAUUGGAGGAUGUGUUGCUGUCACUCUGAGUGUUCUCAUCAUUGGAUUGGCUAUAGGCCUCAGUUAGACCCACCCCCAUGUGACCUGCCCCUCCUAGGCUCCACCCUCUGGUGGUUAGGGCUGAUUUGAGCUGCGCAGUCGAGACAGGUGCUGAAGUCUCAGACACUAAGACACUAAGCUACAGACACUAAGGCACAACUACAGACAUAGCUACAGACACAGCUACAGACACUAAGGCACAGC